AAGAAGAAGAAGAACUACAACCGGAAAUCGUAAACAAACACGAAGGUUUUUGUUUUGGUGCCAUUUACGCCCUACAGCUGUAGAAAUUCGUUUAACUUGUGGUCUACUAACUUCUUCUAUAUUGGGAUUGUUUAUCGGGAGUUCCAAAAUCAUCAGUCAUUUUGACUUCAGCCUGAUAGCUAAGGCGGAGGAUAGCUUCUGUAGUCAUAAGCGCUAAUGUUAAGAGACCUGUCGGACAAUGAAUCUUUUAAAGAUGUUGUCAGCAUCAGAGUGUUUGUGGUUCUGUCUCGACGUUCUGAUACCAUCUGCAUCAGCUGAAGGUGAACCCGGUUCACGAAUCAAAGUGGUUGUACGAGAAGGAAGUGACGCCACCCUGCCUUGCUCACUCAGCACCAAGGAGAGCAUUAUACAAGAGCUGUUUAACUGGAGGAAAGUUGAUCCAAAUGAACAGGAGGUGUUCAGGUAUGACGGAGGUCUUCAUUACUAUAACGGCCUUCCAGGUCAAGACGAGCACUUCAGAGGACGGGUCUCACAUUUUCCACUAGAGCUGAAGUCUGGUAACGCCUCCAUCAUCAUCAAAAACACUGUGGUGCCUGACAGCGGAGUCUACACCUGUGAUUUUCCACGUCUGCAGCCAGAACAAACAUUCAGGAUUACGCUUGUUGUUGAGCCUGUGAUCAGAGACCGAUCUGAAGAUAUUACUGGUGCAGCUCCGAAGCCACUCAUUCAUGUCCUGAAAAUCAGCGAGGACGAGGCGCGGCUGAAGUGUGAGGUCAGAGGUGCUUUUCCAAAGCCUAAAGUAGAGUGGAGGGACGGGGAUGGAAACACCCUUCCUGCUGAGGAGCCACAGGUGUCGCACACAGGAGAGCGCUAUGACAUCACCCUCCUCACCAUGGUGACCAGGACAAACAGCAGCCUCUUCCUCUGUGUAGCCACACAGGAGGAGCUCAAACAUGAGACUCAGGAUAAGCUCUACGUCGCUUUCUGUGGAGGCGAGUAUGCCUUGAGAUGACUUUCUGUGAGUCAACAUUUCCUGUUGUGAAAGCCAUUACUCACGAGGCAACCGCCAAAUUAGCUGAAAGAUCCUGG